AUGCCCAGGUCCUUCCUGGUUAAGAAGGUCAAACUUGACACAUUCUCUUCGGCAGACCUCGACAGCUCCUACGGGCGCGCCCGCAGCGAUCUCGGAGUGCGACUGCAAGAUAAAGGAUACCUCAGUGACUACGUGGGGCCUGCGUCGGUCUACGAUGGCGACGCUGAGGCGGCGUUGCUCAAAGGGCCAUCCCCGGAGCCUAUGUAUGCUGCGGCUGUGCGGGGAGAGCUGGGUCCCGCGGCCUCUGGCUCAGCACCGCCGCCCACCCCUCGCCCAGAGCUGGCUACUGCUGCUGGCGGCUACAUCAACGGCGACGCGGCGGUCAGCGAAGGCUACGCGGCCGACGCCUUCUUCAUCACUGACGGGCGCUCACGCCGUAAGGCUGCUAAUGCCAACGCUGCCGCGGCCCCCUCGACAGCCUCGGUGGCAGCCCCCGACAGCGACGCUGGAGGUGGGGGCGGGCCGGGCACGCGAGGCUCCGGAUCGGGGUCCGCUGGUCGGGGCGGCACGCGCGUGGGGGCGGGCACCGAGGCGCGUGCGGGGCCGGGAGCCACGGGCGCUGGUGGCCGUCACGCGUGCGGAGAGUGCGGCAAAACUUACGCCACGUCGUCGAACCUGAGCCGCCACAAGCAGACGCACCGCAGCUUGGACAGCCAGCUGGCAAGGCGUUGCCCAACGUGUGGCAAGGUGUACGUGUCCAUGCCGGCCAUGGCUAUGCACCUGCUCACGCACGAUCUGCGCCACAAGUGCGGCGUGUGCGGCAAAGCCUUCUCCCGGCCCUGGCUGCUGCAGGGCCAUAUGCGCUCGCACACGGGCGAGAAACCCUUCGGCUGUGCGCACUGCGGCAAGGCCUUCGCAGACCGCUCCAACCUGCGCGCGCACAUGCAGACGCACUCCGCCUUCAAGCACUUCCAGUGCAAGCGCUGCAAGAAGAGCUUCGCGCUCAAGUCUUAUCUCAACAAGCACUACGAGUCAGCCUGCUUCAAGGGCGGCGCCAGCGGCCCCGCAACCCCUGCGCCGCCGCAGCUCAGCCCGGUUCAAGCCUAG